AUGUUCCAGCUAGCAGACCAAGUCAAAACAGAACUAGACUGGUGGCUGCAAAAUCUUGCAAACACUUCGGACAUACAAGUCGCCCCGGCAUCAGUCUUCAUAGCUACAGAUGCCUCAGACAUAGGAUGGGGUGCUAUAAUAAACGACGAGAAACUGUCAGGUCAUUGGAGUACCUCGCAAAAUUACUGGCAUUGCAAUCAAAAGGAAUUAUGGACCUUAUUAGAAGUUAUACAACCGAAAUUGCAACUAAUUUCAGGCAAAACCUUCUUAUUUCAAACCGACAACCAAACGGCAGCGACUUACAUACGGAAGCAGGGCGGCACAAAAUCAAUGAAACUGCUUGAAAUAGCAUCAAAAAUCCUGAAUUUAGCACUACAACACAAAAUAUCCAUAAUCCCCAAAUAUUUGCCGGGCCGAUACAACGGCAUAGCCGACAGCCUGUCACGCCAGAAAACUUUCCAGAAAUGGCACCUGGACCUUCUGAUGCAGAAGAAAAUCUUGCAGGUCACGGGCACACCGGAAAUCGACCUCUUCGCAAGCAAAUCCUCUGCGGUAGUCCCGAAAUAUGUGAGCGAAGAUCACAAGGACAUGACAAGCGAGUACACGGAUGCUUUCAGCAGACCGUGGAAUUACAAGUUGGCAUGGAUCUUUCCACCACCAGCGGUCAUUCCACGUGUGCUCGUACACCUGAACGGUUCCAAGGGAAUUUACCUCCUAGUUGUUCCGAAGUGGGAGAAAGCUUUUUGGAGAGCCGAAAUAAAAAAGAGGGCAAUUUCUCCCCCGUUCCAGAUUCAGCAUCUCAAAAAUCACCUCCGCGACUUGCGAACGAACCUUCCGCCUCGGAACAUCCAGAACUUGUCUUUGGAGGUAUGGAAAGUACGGGCUGGGCCGAUGAGGUAA